GAUGCUCGGGAGUCAUGUGAUACCAAGAUGGCGGUGCCGCGGUAGCGUCCCUGGGACAGAACCGUCCUAGGAUCCGCGACAGUUUCUGCUCUUAGGUCGUGGGGCGGUUCAUUUGACUGAUUCUGCGGUAGCCCGUGGCGAGAAUUAAUGACCUGAUCAGAGCUGGGGCUAUUGAUGUCGCCGGUAGGUUGCGGGGAGUGCUGGUGACCUCGGUUCAGAAACCUUGCGCCGGCCGGGGAAAACGCUGGAGAAUACGCUGGAGAAUGGCCAGCCUCCGUCAUCUGGACCUGCAGCUUCGGAGUUCAUGAAGCUUCCCAGGGCAUCACAGGUUCCAAACCUCGAGAGUCUGCGGGAAUUCGAGAUCAUCGUUGUGUGAGAGGGCAGUUUAGGAUCCCCGGAAGUGCAAAAAAGGCCGCAAGAACUUCGCUUUCUCAUCCAGAGGCCCGACUGCCCCGCCGACUAACCCUGCACUAUUUUCAUUUCCUCUCAAUGUGCUCUCCAUAUUUCAGGAAAUAUGAUCAGCGCCCCUGAUGUGGUGGCCUUCACCAAGGAAGACGAAUACGAGGAAGAACCUUACAAUGAGCCUGCCUUGCCUGAGGAGUACUCAGUUCCUCUGUUUCCUUAUGCCAGCCAGGGGGCUAAUCCCUGGUCUAAACUGUCUGGAGCCAAGUUCUCCAGGGACUUCAUCCUUAUUUCCGAGUUCUCUGAGCAGGUGGGACCCCAGCCCUUGCUCACCAUCCCCAAUGACACCAAAGUUUUUGGCACUUUUGAUCUCAAUUACUUCUCCUUGCGCAUCAUGUCAGUGGAUUACCAGGCUUCAUUCGUAGGCCAUCCUCCUGGUUCUGCCUACCCCAAGUUGAACUUUGUGGAGGACUCUAAAGUGGUACUGGGAGACUCUAAGGAAGGGGCCUUUGCAUAUGUGCACCACCUUACCUUGUAUGACCUGGAAGCCAGGGGCUUUGUGAGGCCCUUUUGUAUGGCUUAUAUCUCUGCAGACCAGCAUAAAAUCAUGCAACAAUUCCAAGAGCUCUCAGCUGAAUUUUCCAAAGCAUCUGAAUGCUUGAAGAUGGGUAACAGGAAGGCAUUUGCUGGGGAACUUGAGAAAAAGCUAAAAGACUUGGAUUAUACGAGGACAGUGCUACACACAGAAACUGAAAUCCAGAAGAAAGCCAAUGACAAGGGUUUUUAUUCUUCUCAGGCAAUCGAGAAAGCCAAUGAACUGGCCAAUGUGGAGAAGUCCAUCAUUGAACAUCAAGAUUUACUGAGGCAGAUCCGCUCAUACCCUCGUCAGAAGAUGAAGAUACCUGAUUUGCAUCCUGGUGAUACAGAGCAUACCCAAGAUCAGGCUGACCAGGUAUCCACUACCUCUAAUCCUGAGGAGUCAGCUAAUGCAGACCUUUAUACCUGCAGGCCGGCUUACACCCCCAAACUCAUCAAAGCAAAGUCCACCAAGUGUUUUGACAAGAAGCUGAAGACCUUGGAGGAACUCUGUGACACUGAGUAUUUCACUCAGACCCUGGCCCAGCUGAGCCACAUUGAACACAUGUUCAGAGGAGACCUGUGCUACCUCCUGACCAGUCAGAUUGACAGAGCACUUCGAAAACAACAGCCCAUAACAAAUUUCCUCUUUGAAGAUUUUGUAGAGAUUGAUGACAGGAUGGAGAAGCAAGAGAAUGUGCCCUCUCAGCACAGUCAGGACAGCCUGCCUUCCAAGCCUGUAGAAGAAUGCCCCAUUCCUAAAGUGUUAAUUAGUGUUGGCUCUUACAAGUCCAGUGUGGAGUCUGUAUUGAUCAAGAUGGAGCAGGAAGUUGGAGAGGAAGAGUACAAGGGAGUGGAGGCAACAGAGUCAAGCAGUUUUGACCCCCAAGAAAACCUGGACUACCUGGAUAUGGAUAUGAAAGGGAGCAUCAGUAGUGGGGAAAGCAUUGAGGUUCUGGGCACCGAGAAGUCAGCUUCUGUGUUGUCGAAAUCUGACAGCCAGGCCAGCCUCACCGUGCCAUUGAGCCCCCAUGUAGUUCGUAGCAAAGCAGUCAGCCACAGGACAAUCAGUGAGGAUAGCAUUGAAGUCUUAAGCACCUGCCCUUCUGAGGCCCUCAUUCCUGACGACUUUAAGGCCAGCUACCCAAGUGCCAUUAAUGAAGAAGAAGCCUGUGCAGAUAAUGAGGGGGCCAUCCAUUUCCGGGCAAGUGCCAGCUCACCAGAACUGGAUGAGACUCAGGAGAGCAACUUGGAAAAUAUCCCAUCCCAAAUAGACUCCAGCUGCUGUACUGGAAAGGAGAGUGAAGGUCAAUUGUUGCCUCUCCCAACCCCAGCCUACACUCUUUCUGAUGAGGAUGGUGUGGUGAGCAUUCCCCCACAGCGCUACAUGCAGAAGGACCAGGGGCUCCACGUGGACUUCGGGAUGGAAAACACAGACCCUUCUCCCCGAGAUAACAAUUGCGAAAUGUUCCCAGCUUAUGAGCUGGAUCCAAGCUGCCUUCUGGCUAGCCGAGAUGUUAGUAAGAUGAGCCUGGAUAACUACUCGGAUACCACUAGCUACAUGGGCAGUGUGGCCUCCACCAGCUCGGAUAGAACCCCCUCCGCACCUCCUGCUGGCCUAUCCUCUGAGAGGCACAAAAAGAGGGCUGGCCAGAAUGCCUUAAAAUUCAUCCGCCAGUACCCUUUUGCCCACCCAGCCAUCUACUCUCUGCUCAGUGGGAGGACACUUGUGGUCCUAGGUGAAGAUGAAACCAUAGUCAGGAAGCUGGUAACUGCACUGUCCAUCUUUGUUCCCAACUAUGGCUGCUAUGCCAAGCCGGUGAAGCACUGGAUUUCCUCCCCUUUGCAUAUUAUGGAUUUUCAGAAGUGGAAACUUAUUGGCCUACAAAGAGUGGCCUCUCCUGCCAAUGUGGGUACCCUCCAUACCCUGAGUCGUUACAGCCGCUAUACAAGCAUCUUGGACCUGGACAGCAAGACCCUACGCUGUCCCCUGUACAGGGGCACACUGGUGCCCCGCCUGGCUGACCAUCGCACUCAGAUCAAGCGGGGCAGCACAUACUAUCUUCAUGUCCAGAGCAUGCUCACCCAGCUCUGCUCCAAGGCAUUCCUCUAUACUUUUUGUCACCACUUGCAUCUGCCUGCCCACAGUGAGGAGACACAAGAAGCAGUGGCCAGCAGACAAACCAGCUUCCUAAAGCUAACCCUGGGACUAGUGAAUGAGGACAUCAGAGUGGUGCAGUACCUGGCUGAGCUGUUGAAAUUGCACUAUAUGCAGGAGUCACCUGGGACCACCCACCCACUGCUCAGGUUUGACUAUGUCCCCAGCUUUUUGUACAAAAUCUAAGGGUUCCAGCCACUGUGACCAAGACCUGUGACUGAGUAUGGGGAGGGAGAAGGGUUGGUGUGACUAAAUGGUUACCUGAGCUGGAGUGUUGAGCCUUCUGGUGUCAGCGGGAAUGAAACAGGUGGCAGUUCCAGUUCCAGCAUAGCCCUGGGCAGUGUGUGCUGUGGGCUGAGCAGAGGUAGAACCUGGCCCUCAGAGGGAGCUGCAAAACCAGUAGCAGCUCUCUUGGUUCCUCAGGGAAGUAGCUCCCAAAGAAGGGAGUGUCCUUCCUUUUCCAAGGAUCAGCAGUCUGAGCAGGAAGAGAAUCCUCCAGACUCGGUGGGACUGAAAAAGAUGAGGCGAAGUAGCCAGAGCCCAACUACCAUCCGAGGGGCACAGUCAGCCCAGGAACUGUGAAGAUGUGGUAGGACGCAGGACAGCCGUUGCCUCCAUCUACCUCUACCAAGACCCGUUACUUGGCUUCCUGGGGAAGCUCCUGAACAAGGACACGAAGGAACAGUGCUCUGGUCAGUUGGAGAGACACAUCUGGCCUAUGAGGGUUGCAGACCACAAGCAGCCUCUGUCCUGUAUUUGCUCUAUCAAGGAAGUGUUCAUCAAGUCCUGGGGUCAUUGUGACAGUAGUCACUAGCCCUGGAUGUGAAACAGAUGCCAAAUGGCUACAGCCAGUUUGAGCAGUACCUUGGGAGCUGUAGAUGGAGCAGACCAUAAGGCCAUCACCACUGUGCUUGGCAGGAUCUGCCCACUAGCUCCUCUCAGCCAGAACAUUAACUCUGACUUCCCUUGGAAGAUUUGCAGAUACUUACCUUCUGAGGGCUUGUGGGCUUGAUGACAACUAAGUUCUGGCUGGCUAGCUGGUGUGCUGAAUGAAACACAGGAGCAAGGAUGUCCUGUACUAGCUCCUGGGUGGCUAUCUUUAUAGACACAUCUGGGAGGUGGUGUACACAAUCAUUCCCAUGUUGUUCCUUUCCCUUUCAAGGAACUUUGAACCUGGGAGGAAGGCACCUUUUAGUCCCCACCUGAUCCCCUGGUGGCCAUCAUCAUGACCUCCCUGGGAUUUGUGCUGCAGCUGCUCUUGUGUGCAUGGAAUGCUUCUCACAAUCUGGAAAAGCUUUUCUCCCUAAAUAGGAGAAGCUCUGGUUGUUACUACUGCUUUUAAAUUUGCUCCAAAAAGCUACAGUAAAUUGGACCUGGAUUAGCAGCCCGGUGUAUACAUCAGUUAGAUGCUUUGUCCCUGCCCUCAGGUCUGUCAGCAGGUCACACUGAGGUCUCAGAAGGAACCUGUGGAAGCUAAGUAACCAGAUGGCUUGCAGCAUGUCACUCUUGUGUCACAUUCCUUGCCUAGGUCUUUGACACAAAGUUGCAGUCUGUUGGUCCUGGUCAAUGGCUUCAGGUCACGGUCCCCUUUUCAUGUUAGAGGACAUGUGAUUUUGUUUCUGAGCCUGUGACAGAACCAGAAAGAUGGCACUGCCUGCACUAGUUUGUAUCUGUUACAUGCAUUACAGACACUGUGGUUUCUCCUCAUGGGUCCCCUCAUCUGCUAUUGCUUCUUAGUGUUCUAGAUGCCACCGUUGACUAGUUGGCUAAGUGCCAUUUCCUCAGGCCUCCAAGGAAAGGGUGCUAGAGUUCAACAGCCAGGCUGGGAGGUGGUCAGUUGCUGGUACUACUGCCUAACAUGGGGACUCUAAGGUGAACACUGUGUGUCCCUGUACUCAGAAAGGCAGCAGCCAUGCUUGGCCUUCUGGAUACUGAAACCACACACACUUCAGUGGUCUAAAGUAGGUGUAAACAUGCAAGUAUCUCCUUGGUAUUCAGCCACAGGGUGGCUCAGAGACAAGACUGGUGGGCAGAACAGUUUUGUGUGGCAGCCAUGGAAAUGGAGAACAGGCGCCUCUCUUGAGUGGUGGCUCCUCACAAGACUGACAAGGGUUAAACAUCUAUGGUUUUGUUUUUUUUGAAACAGGAUCUCAUAUAACCCAAGCUGGGUUCAAAUUUAGUAUGUAGCUAAGCAUAACCCUGAACUCUUGACCCUUCUGCCUUGACAACCCAACUGCUGGAAUUACAGCCACCAGAACCAGUGUCUAGGUUUAGACUUUGGUUUUAAAACUUUAUUGUGUUGAUUUAAAAGGAUUAAUUAAUGCUGAAAUCAUGCUUCCUCUCAGAGAGUAUCAAUCCUUGGAGCUGAGUCUAGACAGAGGCAGUUAAUUCUCUGUUUCUUUGCUUUAGAGGACUGGAAUCUUCUAAAAAUAGUAUAUGUGUACACCUUGAUGUUGUGGGGACCUAUGCAACAGGACUCAACUCCUUAACUGUCCAGUUGGUCAUGGGCACAGUGACACACACCUUUAAUCCCAGCACUUAAAAAGAGGCAAGUAGAUAUCUGCAACCUCAAGGCCACCCUGAUCUGCAUGAACUUCAAGCCAGCCAAGGCUUUAUGAUAUUCUGUCUCAAAAAACAAGUUUCCAUUUGAAGUGUUUCUCAAGUACUAGGCUAGUAAGCUUUUUUGUUCUUUUGAGACAGAGUCUUAUAUAGCCCAAGCCAACUUUGAAUUCUGUAUCUAGCUAAGGAUGACUCUGAACUUCUGAUCCCCCUGCCUCCACAUGCUGAGAUUGUAUGUCUGUCAUGUAAGUUUUACAGAUUGAAUCCAGGGCUUCAUACAUACUAGGCAGACACUAUACCAACUGAGCUACAUUCCUAGCAUGGCUAAUUUAAUAAAAUACACUAUUAAAGACACCUCACAGAUAACAGAGCUCCUCACUACGUCUUGAUUCCUAUCGUUUUGAGCCCUGGCACUAAAACUGCUAAGUCGUUUGUUUCAACUUGACUGUCAAGCAAUUGCUACUGUAGUAGCUGAAGUCGCUCUUCAACUUGGAACUGGACUGUGGUUGGGACCUGUCUGUCCUGAUCAGGUACAAUAUUUAAAAUAUAAACAGUUUCAACUUCAUCUAAAUUAGUUCCCAUUUCAUAAUCCUAGGAAGAUCAGGAGAUCUCCCCUCUCCUUUGCCAAUUAUUAAAGCCAGCAGUUGAGCUCUAUGGUCCUGGAGGCAUAGCUUCUAGAAUAUCUUGUAUGCAUCUUGGCCACCUGUCUGCGAUGUUAAGGCCAUGCCAUUCCCCCAGCCUGAAUGUUGCAUAUUGGACCAAUGUGCCACCACCAUGGUUCAUUUCCCAGUGAUGUAUAAUGCAUCAGUGAGGCCAUCCGAGCUACUUUUUACUUCCCUAGAAAGCUCCUAAGAAAGUGCCUUGGCUUGUACUUUGAAACAAUUAAGCCAGCUUUCUGGCUUCACUCUAAUACUGUGAUCAAACUGCAAUCUUUAAGGGAGGCAUACUCACUCUUAUGCUGCAGAAAGGAGAGGGAAUUAGUUUUCUUUUGCUCAGAAAGCAAAGCUUCCUUUGAGUUUAACAUACUGUUUCUCUGAGCCUUUGACCCACUAAGAUCUGGUUCUGUUAAAGCUUUGGGAAGGAAGGAGGAGGCGGGGUAGAGAUGUAGCAAUAGAAAAAGAACAUCCCACAGGGCCCUAACUGGGGCCAGCUGUCUUCAGCUAGGCAGGAAGCACAGCAGCCCCACAGAGUGGAGGGGACCAAUAUCCUACCACACCACAUGACACUGACACCACAGUCUUCUCUUGUGGCGACAGUACCAACAAUGGACCAGCUCUCAGGGAGCCUUGGCCAAACUAUCUUAUGCCAGACAGCUGGAGCUGCAGACAGGACAACACAGCAGUUGCAGUAAACAACAUACUCUGUAAGGAACUUGUUUUCUGAGAAGCUAUUUUAUUACUGCAUGUUCCCACUGUCUGUAAAUGUGUCCCAGCCCUGCUGCAGUCACAGUACUGGAACCAGAGCACUGCGGACGUGAUCAUGUCCCAUAGGCAUCAUGCACAAAAGCUUAGAGUAAAUGCCAAAUAAAUAGUAUGAGGAGUGUACUUUUUAAGAUAUUAAUUUAUUUGAGUUCAGAUAUUUUUAAAAUAUAAAAACUGGUUGUAUUUUUUAAAGAUAUAAUUCUUGUAGACAUUCUGUGGGUAAAAAUGAUUGUCCAUAUUAAAAAGUUACUGAUGGUUUGCAAUUCAGUGAUGUAAAAAUAAAGACUCUUUCAGAAGGUG